AUAAAAAUGUGAUGAAUGAAACUCUAAUGAACGUUCGAUUUUUUACGAGACAUCAUGAAUUAGAGAAAGAUCGUGUAAGAGUUUGGCUCUGCCUCUUUGAUCUCUAUCAUAGGCAAUUCUCAAAACCAAAUGCGGAAAUCACAAAUUAUCGCAGAAAACUUUACGAAGAUGCAGGGAUAUUACCCAUAGAUGAAGCGCUUUGGACAGAAAGGAUAAAAUUGGCCGCCGAAACUUCACGAAUUCGUAUUAAAAACAACUCUCUGCAUUUGUCUCAGCUUUUGCCGCCACAUCUACGAGACGAACGAGUCACCUCUGCAAUCAACAACACCGAUAAAGUCACAUGCUGGGUUAACUGUUUUAAAUCAAAAUCCAAAUCCGAUGUUACUGAAUGCUUAUGCAAAUUAGGACUUAGCGAAUGCACCGGACAUGAUCGUGGAUUGAAUGUAGAUCAGUAUAAAUUUGAUACUUUAUGCCCUAAAUUCAUGCAAAGACAAGCUGUUGCGCAGUCUUGGUUGGUGAAGAAGCAUCAUCUCAUCUUGCAGGAUAGAGCAUUUUGUAUUGGACCAGUGAUAUUCAGCUUAAUAUUAGAACAUCACGAAUUAGGUGGAUGUGUUUUACAAUCUCAUGUGAAUUCACCUAGGACAACUGCUUAUUUAGCUAAUAUCAUUCACAGUAAUAACAGAGUGCUGAGGCUGCUUGCAUUUGGAGCUGGGGAUAAAAAGCAAGAAUACGAUAAAUAUUUCAGCGAUUUAGGAAUAACAAAUACCACUAUAUAUCCGCAAAGACUAGUAGAUACUUCGCCUGAAGCAGAAUAUUUGGAGCACGUCGUAGCUGUAUUCGCCUGCCCACCAAAUUCAUAUUCUGGAGUGAAAGACCCCGUAGAUUUAGCUUGCAGCCGAGGUGGAGACCUGAGCGUUCUACAAGCAUUGACGGAAGCCGAUAUAAACGAAAAAGGCCGCGGACGAGUUUCAGAAAUUCUUCGCGAAACAGCGGAACACUUUGAAGUUUGCAAUGUCUAG